AUGGCUCUGGUCAGGAGUUGGAGGCGGCGAGGAGCAGGUCAGAGGAACAGCGGCUUCACGAUGCGCUGCAGUGGGUUUGUGCUGCUCGUCGCUUUGGCUCUGGCCUCGGCCAAAGUUCAGGACAUCAUCAUGAAGAAGAGCGCCGCCGUCAGGAGAGCCUCUCUGCUGAACCCGGAGCUUGAGGGCCGAGUCCCUGAGUUCCCCCUGAGCUCCUCCCUGCCCUCUGCCCUGGCCCCGCCCUCUCUGGAACAGCUCCAGGUAGAGGACUUCCUGUUCGGAGACAACGUCAACCUGGAGUGGAAGGAGUUUGACGGUUCUAUUCCCAAUGGCGCCAUGUCCAUCUACAACGGCUACACGGAGCGCACCGACUACGUGUGCAAGUACAAGUGCGAGGCGGGCUUCUACAACCCAAAGCUGGGCCCGUACUGCCGCUACCCCUACGGCGACCGCGAGUACUAUGCCCCAGAGUUCCAGAUCCUCACCAACAAAGACAACUUCGAGUUCCUGGAGUGGAAGGAUGACUCUUACGGCUCUGUGCCCAAGCACUCAGUCCGCACCUGUGCCAACGUGGGCAUCUACGUGGGCAAGAACAAGUACGGCCUGGGGAAAGUCGUUCCGCAGUUCGAGGCCUUCUUCUUGCCCUGGGAGGGAGAUGAGUACUGGUACAAGAAAUACCAGGUGCUGACCAUAAACCGGGACAUGUACACCCAGCACAUCUCCGACGUCAAAUACGCCAUUGACGAAGCGGCCAUUUUCCAGUAUCCUCCUGAAACCAUGCAGAUCUCCGGGGUGACCAACAACGAAUGCCAGUCCGUGUCCAAAACCGUGACUCUGCGCAAGACCACCGAGCUGGAGACGUCGUGGAACAUCGGUCGUGGAACCAUGAUCGGAAUCACCGGCAGUAUCACAGCCAAGAUCCCGUUCAUCGGCCAAGGCGGCAUCGAGCUCGGAGGAGAGAAGACGCUGCAGUUUGACAGAGGUACGACCCGCGUGGAGGCCAUCUCUCACUCCGUCUCUGUGGAGCUGACCGUGCCACCGAACCACACCUGCCGUGUGAGGAUGGAGGGCCGCAAGUUCAAGGCUGAUGUGCCGUACAGCGCCCGUCUCAGCCGCACGUACCGCAACGGGGAGACGCAGUGGACCUCCAUCUCUGGAACCUAUGACGGGGUGCAGAUCGGAGAGGUUCGGGCUGUGGUGGACCGAUCAACAGCCAACAACGAGAUGAUGAGGCUGUCAGUGCUCCCCCUGCUGGUGGCUCUGCUCCACUGCAGCUCUGUCCGCUGUGAGCCGCUGCUGCUGGUGUCGCAGCUUCAGGACGGACUCGAACCCAAGCCGUGGCUGAAUCCGUCUCUCUCGGAGGUGGUUCCGUCUCGCGCCUCCUCCUCCUCCCCUCGUCCCCUCGACCUACCUGACUCCGCCCCUCUCUCAGACACGCCCAUGUUCCCCGAGUAUGUCAACCUCAAGUGGGUUCGCUUCAACGGCUCUCUGCCCAACGGCGCCGUCGGCAUCUUCAACGGCUACACGGAGAGAACCGACUACAUCUGCAAAGUCAACUGCGAGUCCGGCUUCUACUCGGUCGGCAAGGGCAACGUGUGUCACUACCCCUACGCCGAUAACGAACACACCUCCUCUAAGUUUGACAUCCUGGUGAACGUCGACCAUUUUGAGUUCCUGGUGUGGGAGGAGGACUCGUACGGUUCGGUGCCACGAUACUCCGUGCGCACGUGCCCGAAAGUCGAUAUAUUUGUGGGUAAGAACAAAUACGGCUUGGGCAAAGUGGUGAGCCAGCAUGAGGCCUUCUUCCUGCCGUGGGAGGGGGAUGAGUAUUGGUACAAAAAAUACCAGGUGCUGACCUUAAACCACGACAGCUACAGCCAACACAUUUCCCACGUCGAGUACGCCAUCGACAGCAUGAAGCUCUUCCACCAUCCACCGGAGGCGCUGCAGCUGGCCCGGGUCACCAACCUGGAGUGUAGCAGCGUGCAGAAGACGGUCAGGCUGGAAAAGUCCACGACGCUGGAAAAACAUUGGAACAUCGGGCGAGAGACGAGGAACGGGUCGGUCAGCACCAUGAAGGCCAAAGUACCCAUCCUCGGUACGGGGGACGUGGACUUCAGCAAAGAGCAGACUGUGACGUUCUCUGAGGGAACCAUGACGAGCGAGACCAUCAGGCACACGGUGGAGGUGCAGAUCCUGGUGCCGCCAAACCACUCGUGCGCGGUGCGGAUGGAGGGCCGGCGCAUGACCGCGGACAUCCCGUUCACCGCUCGUCUGAGUCGCACCAACAACGACGGAGACACGCACUGGACGUCCAUCAGUGGCAACUACGACGGCGUGAACGUGGGAGAGAUCAACGCGGUGGUGGAGAGGUGCCAACCGGUGACUGACGCCCCGCCCUGCGCCCCGGAGUACUGA